AUGAGAUCAUUCAUCACAAACAAUGACAUCCCCAUAGGUUACAUAACGCCGAAAUUCCCCUCCCUCUACUGGCCCAUAAACAACAAAAAAUACGACAUAACAUUCCUUUACAACAUAUCAGACAUAUGGAAAUUCACCCUCUACUGGACACUAAUAUUCAACGCAGCAUUCUACGGAGCCGCAGGACUCCUAGCAAGUUUCUCCCAUAGGAGGACAGGCGGAGGCAUCUGGAUCAUGGUCAUUUACUUGACCUUUGCUGGAGUGCAAGGUCUGGCGAUGGGUACUAUAAUGGGGUUUCUCAUUGGUGCCAUUUAUGGAGCAGGAUUGUUCGCUAUGUCAACGUGGAUACCCCUGUGUUGUGCCGUCGCACAAAUUUUGUUCGAUGUCAUUAUGGCUUAUUCAUCGGUGUCAGGGAUACUGUGA